AUGAGCAGUUUAGUUGUCCACGAGGAAGGUACCUUCCAGCACAUUUUGCGUUUGAUGAACACAAACGUUGAUGGUAAGAUUAAGAUCGUCUACGCUUUGACUACUAUCAGAGGUGUUGGUAGAAGAUACGCCAACUUGAUUUGCAAGAAGGCCGAUGUUGAUCUUAAUAAGAGAGCCGGUGAAUUGACCCAGGAAGAGUUGGAGAGAGUUGUCCAGAUCAUGCAGGACCCAACCAAAUAUAAGGUUCCAGCUUGGUUCUUGAACAGACAAAAGGACCUUGACGAUGGUAAGGACUACCACGUUCUUGCUAACAACUUGGAGUCCAAGUUGAGAGAUGAUAUUGAGAAGCUCAAGAAGAUGAGAGCCCAUCGUGGUUUGAGACACUCUUGGAACUUGAGAGUCAGAGGUCAGCACACUAAGACAACUGGUAGAAGAGGUAAGGUUUCCAUUGCUUAA